AUGGCGUCGAACCCGGACCUGUGGCUUCGAAUACUUGCAGGCUCGAUAUAUCAAUCCGCACUGUUCAUUGCGCCCAAAAUGCGCAAAGGCACAGAAGUGAACCCCACCAUCAUCAUCCCACCAUUCACCCCGCCGACGUCACAAACGUCAAUAUCUGAACUGAUCUGUCCGCACGCUGCAAAGAAGCAGAAGCAGGCCAACAAGGGCGAGAAGAAGGCAAAGACCAAGACUGCAAAACUUGAGGGGAGCGAUGCCGAGGAUGUUGACCUCGAGCAAGUGCUUGAGGAGUACAAGAAGCAGCAGGAGCAAUUCCUCAAAGUCACGGAGACCGUGUGCGAGGGACCUCCCAAGGCCCGUUCUGCUUCCACCAUUAUGGCCUCGCCCUGUGACAGCAACAACUUGCUGCUCUUUGGUGGCGAGUACUUCAAUGGCUCGCUCGCUCACUUCUUCAACGACCUGCACAUCUACUACAUCAACCGUGAUGAGUGGAGGUGCGUGACGUCCCCGAACGCACCCUUGCCGCGCUCUGGACACGCGUGGACGAGGGCCUCAAACCCCAAUCAUGUCUACUUGUUCGGCGGAGAGUUCUCGUCGCCAAAGCAAGGGACGUUCCAUCACUACUCAGACUUCUGGCGGUUGGAGCCUGCCACGAGAGAAUGGACAAAGAUUGAGUGCAAGGGCAAGACGCCCCCCGCCAGGAGUGGUCACCGCAUGACAUACUGGAAGCAGUUUAUCAUCUUAUUUGGUGGCUUCCAGGAUACCUCAAACCAGACCAAGUAUCUUGCCGAUGUGUGGAUCUUUGAUACCCAAAACUUCUCCUGGCACAGCCCGACUCUGCCCCCUGCACAGUUGAAGCCUGAUGCCCGGUCUUCUUUCACGUUUCUUCCUCACGAGCAAGGUGCCGUUCUCUAUGGAGGUUAUUCAAGAGUGAAGGCUACCGUAGCGGCCAACAAGCAGGCCAGGGGUUCAAGCCAAGGACAGAAGAACAUCUUGAAGCCAAUGGUUCACGAUGACUGUUUCUUCCUGAGGAUGUCUUUGCCGCCUGACGGAUCGCCCCCGACAGCGCCUCCAGUCGUUCGCUGGGAACGGCGCAAGAAGCCUGCCAAUGCUCCCAGCCCCAAGCGCGCAGGCGCCACCAUGGCAUGGCACAAGGGUCGUGGAAUCCUUUUUGGAGGCGUGCACGAUGUUGAGGAUAGCGAAGAGGGCAUGGACAGCGAGUUCUUCCGGGAGCUUUUUGCGUGGAACAUUGAGAGGAACCGCUUCUUCCCGCUUGCCCUUCGCAAGGCCCGUCAGCAAAAGAAGGCCAACCCGGCUGAGCAGCGUGGAGGCCGUCGUGCUCGUGCCCAGGAUCGAGAGGAGGAGCUCCUUCGUCAGCUGGCUGCCUUGGAGACUGGCAAGUCUUUGGAGGAUGCCGACGACAUGGAAAUUGAGAAGAAGGAGGAGGAGCCCGAUGAGGACGCAACCCCUAUGAGAGAAAUGCCGAUCACGAUGGAGCUGCCGCACCAACGGUUUAAUGCUCAGUUGGCUGUGCAGGAUGAUGUGCUCUACAUCUAUGGCGGCACUUUCGAGGCCAAGGACCGCGAGUUCACGUUUGACGACUUGUACGCAGUGGAUCUUGGCAAAAUGGACGGCUGUAAAGAAAUUUUCAACAGGCCUGUCGAUGACUGGAUCGAGUCCGAGGACGAAGACGAUGAUGACGAUGAAGAUGACGAUGAAGAUGAUGACGAUGAGGAGGAUGAAGAAGGCGACAUCGAGAUGGAAGAGGAGGACAAGAAGCCAUUCUACACGCCGAGCAAGCGCAAGAAGAAGCAGGGUGAUGAGGCCUCUGUUGCCGGUUCCGAAACGACCAACGCAACCUCCUCGACUGCUCCUACGAGCGCGACAGAGGAUGACGAUACCGAGGCGGCCGAAACCGUCGAUGACGGUCUCCCGCACCCAAGACCCUUCGAGACAAGACGUGACUUCUUCGUGCGCACCACGAACGAGUGGCAGGAGAUUCUCAUGACCAACCUUCGCUGGAAGAACAUCCAGCCGGAGACGCUCGCCAUCAAGGAGAUCAAGGCCAAGGCCUUUGAGCUCAGUGAGGAGAAGUGGUGGGAUUGCAGAGAGGAGAUCACGGCGUUGGAGGAGGAGCAGGAGGCUGCUGGUAUUAGUGAGGUUGUAUCUCUUGCGGAGAGAGGCGAUGCUGCUGCCGCCGGUAGGCAGCCAUCUCUUUGCAGCCUGGAAGGCGGCGAGAAAGAUGUCACCGAAUACUGGGAAAUCUUAGACGCAUCACUUCUUUCCAUCGAAUAUUCCACUCCAGAUAUCAUUGAUACCCAACAAAGACUUGAAACUUUACGGAAAGAUUGGUCAAGAAAGCAAACGAUUCCACGGCUUUUACCUUUGGCAUUUCAGUCCCGAAUCCUUGUUAGUGCCAAUAUGCCGAUCGGCAUCCAGCGGCUGAAUGCGAAACGUUCGCAACCAAACGACCGGAUCAUCUUCAUCAAGCCUCUGAAAGGCCGCGAUGAAAAGAUUGCCCAAGAUUUUCUCGAAAGGAUCGCCGCACAAUGUUUACCGAUCAUGAAAGAGCACCACCUUUCGGUGAUGUCUCUAGAGCAGUAUGAGUUCAACAGAGAGUUCGUGGGCAGGAAUUUCAACGCCGGUGAAAUCAUUCAACUAGUGCUCAAGUCGCAAUCAGGACGAUGGCUACCAUUUGAGUACGUUCAGAUGGUGAUGAUGCACGAGCUGGCACACUGCAAGCAAAUGAAUCAUUCUAGAGCAUUCUGGGCAGUCAGGAACAAUUACGCCGAGCAGAUGCGAGGGCUUUGGCAGCGAGGGUACUCUGGCGAAGGCAUCUGGGGUCGUGGUGCCCUGCUGGGGACGGGACAAUUCCAACACAACGUCGCGCUUCCCUCUGAACCGCUUCCGGAGCACCUGUGUGGCGGCACAUAUCGCUCCCGUGGACGCAAGAGGAAGAUCAAGCCAAAGCUUUCCUACAAGGAGCAAAAGGAGCGCCGAAUCCUCAAGAAAUUUGGUGCCAACGGCACCGCUCUGGGCGCUGAUGAGGAGACAAAGGUCAAAUUGGAAGGCGGCAAGCGCACGCUAGCGAAACCUCGCGUGGCUGGGAGUGCUCGUGGACGUGAACUGCGAGCCGCAGCGGCGCUCGCACGAUUCGACCAGCCGAAAAAGGAGCCCGAAGAAGACAUCAAAAACGAGGUUAAGGAUGAGGAUAGCGGCGAAAGCGAGUACGAGGACGAUCCGGCGGACAUCAAGAACGAAGACGCUGUCGACAUCGAUGGUAAGGUGAUCAAGGACGGCAAAGGCAGGGGCAUGAUCAAGGUCUGCGAAGACGAGAACUCCGAUGACCAGGAUGCCCAGAACGAGCUACAAGAGUUACAGGCGUCGGUGAAGCAAUGGCGACAGACGCAUCUCAAGUUCAAGCGCGAGCCCGUGGACGAAGCUGAAGCUUCAAGUGUGCCGCCACCGAAUCGAGUAGCAGAGUCAUCACACAAGGAAGCACCGACGAUCCGGAGACCAGAGCGAGAAGCUCCUUCGCGAGUCAAGGUCAAGGAGGAGCCGGAUGACGAUCAGGAGGCGCCAAUUUUAGAUAUCGCGAGUGCAACCCCCACAAUCAAGAGAGAAGCGCGAGACGACCCCCGGUCAAUAGCAACCCGUCAUCCGAUCUCGCCGCCCAGCGCACCAUCCGCGGCGUCGCCAUCGGCCGAGAGACAGAGGGUGACGGCAACGGCAACGGAGUCAGCGACGAUGACAGCGUCAAAGUCUAAUAGAGCUGCGGCCGCAGCGACAACGGCCGAAGAUGGACGAGAGAGUGAGACCGGGUCCAUCUGUGGAGUCUGCUCGUUUGCCAACUCUGCCCUGUCGAUAACGUGCGCCGUCUGCUCCCACGUGCUGGACCCGGCAAGCGUACCGAACGCCUGGCGCUGCGAGGGCGCCGCGUGCCAGGAAAGCGAGUAUCUCAACCCCGGUGACUUUGGAGUGUGCGGUGUCUUCAAACGAGAUGAGUUCGAGAUAAUGACAAAUUGCGGCUAUUGCUAA